AUGUGUCUCACAGAACCGUUCAUCAUCGUUCAUCGGCUGGUGGACUGCUUGGCUGAACGUUCUGAUGACAUGAGCGUAAGCGAAUUAAAAAAACUGGCUGCAAGAGAGAGGAAACGUUAUGGUCUGCGAAGCGCUAAGGCAGUUGUUCGCGGGAGACGGAUGACAAGGAAAAAUGUUAUGCGAGCCAAAAACCUUCAAGACCAAUACCUGUUUUUGAAGGCACUUGUAGUAACGGUACAGACAAUCAACGUUUUAUUAGUUUGUUUCAUGGGAGUUUUCGCGUUUUUCGAAUUGAGAACUGAUACAGAGUCAUCCUUUUAUGCAACACAACUUUCCAUUGAGCUAACUCUUCUUCUCAUUGUUCUCGCCAUCGUAGCAGUUGAAAACAUGAUGCUUCGUGUAUUAAUGAUUCUCGGAUUCAUUGCCGCAUUUUCCUUGAAUGUCCUUCAAGUUCUUUACUUCAUGCUCUUCGACAAAAAUUCGAGAAAGUGCACAAAUAUUGAACUUCCAUUUGGGCACUUCCUCUGCAUUUCUUCAGUCAUUCCUCUACAGCACCACAGCUCGUUCGUUUCUGGAAUUCUCGCACUUUUUCAUUUCGUUCUCAUCAUCUUAGCCAUUGCCGUGGCAAUAUCGUACCAAGGUACAUUCAGCGAAAUAGUGAACAACACCGAUCCAUCCUACCUCUUGGACUACACAUCUCACAUGCGGCGCCAUCGCCACCGCAGACGAACUUCGAGACGACGAGAGCACGCCCGGAAGCCGGAUCGAGAGCGACGGGUGAAACAACGUGUGACGCCCUCAAAAUCCCCGGUUGUUGGCAGUUCUCAGCAAUCGAGUCGAGCCGUUAUUGAGCGCAGGGAGAAAAUUAGAUCACCAAGACUUUCACGCUAUAGCAGACUGGACAUCACCAAACUUCCGGAUGGAUCUAGAUUUAAAACUACUGACAACAAAAGCUUUAACAUGGAGUACUAUGUAGAAGAUGGAGUGUUUGUUGGGUCAGGCACAGAAACUGUGAAGAAAGCGAUCACCAUAUGUGCACCAAUCAGACCUCAAAGACGUGAUGAGAAAUCUCAGCAGGACAGUUCCCCUGACUGUAGCUCCGAAAAUACGAACAACAUUAUACCAAAUCGCAAAGUAUAG